UCCCGCUUCUGGAUCAAGCCUCCAAGGUGGUUGGUUAGUCCCUGGCCUAGACUGCUCGGACUCUCUCUUCUCACUCGCCGUUCGGGAUGAAUACGUCCUCGGUUGGAGCACGAUAACUGGUUAACAAAAAAAAAUCGAUGUGAAUAUCAUAUCGUCUCUCUUGUUGAUUGAUGCUAUUCAUAUUUGCAUCUAUCAUAAACGGAUUGUUUUGAAUCCCCCUGUCGCCGCUUCUGUUUUAGUCGGUCGCAACAUUCCAAGGGCGGACAUUCGUCAUUCCAAGCCAGGAUCCAUCCUAUCUUACUUCCAUCUGUCUCAGUUUCAGCCGCUGCCCGCUCAACCUGACUCGAACUCCCCACCGAGAAUUCCCGGAACCUGAGCGCUCAUAUUCAGAGAACAUCUCCGUUCCCAUUUUCAGAUCAAUAACCACCGUUUGCUCUGCAACAAAUAAAUUCUACGAAUGAAUUAUAUCCAUUUUUCAUUACUGUCCCCCUUCUCCCUUCCUCUCGAUUUCAAUACCUUUCUUGCAUCCGUGCUUCUUUGGUCUUUUUGACCGGUCGCAAUUAACUCCCGACGUUUCCGCGUCGCCUAUCACCAAGAGGCUUGCAUUGCAUUCUCAACCCUAAGAAAGUCGUUGUUUCAAAACAAAUCCAAAAUACAGACAUAUCUGCCAUAAUCGAAAAUAGACGCCCCUAUUUCUACGGGGAACAAUACUAUGGCAGCAACAUUUCGGCCCGUCAACACACCGAUGGCGAUCGAAGUGAAGAAGGACGACGGUGCGGCGCGGUCGCCUACCACGCCUACCCCGACGAAGGCCACCUUCGGCCAGCGACCGCUACCGACAUCGCCAUUUCCGCAAGCCGUUUCAAUUCCCGAGAGCAUCGAAGAGAAGCAAACCCCGAAACAAGCCUCGAAACCGACGCCUAAGCGAGAAAAUUCUCAACACUCGAAACGGUCGCGAGGAGACUCUGAAGACGUUGAUAUGGAUGAAUCAGAUGGAGAAACUCACGGAGAAGAUGGUGCAGGGUCAGAUGAUGAAAGUGUAAAUGCAGAUGGGACUAAAUCAAAUAAGAAAAAGAAGUCACAACGGUUUUACUGCACCGACUACCCACCUUGCAAUUUGAGCUUCACGAGAAGCGAACAUUUAGCAAGACACAUUCGGAAACAUACCGGAGAGCGCCCAUUCCAAUGCCAUUGUUCACGGCGAUUUUCGCGGCUAGAUAACUUACGACAACAUGCGCAGACCGUGCAUGUGAACGAGGAUAUCCCGAUCGAUUCGCUUGCCGCCACUGGCACGAGGUUCCAAAGACAGAUCCGAACUGAUCGAGUACGACAACCAGGAAGAGCUCGAGCCUCAACGGCAGGGAGCAUGGGUACUCCAACUCGUGGACACGCCAAAUCGCUUUCUACUUCGAGUAUAAGCUCUGUUGGCUCCACCUUUAGCGCCCGAGAAGACGUGCGCAGACGUCCACCGCCCCUGGUGAUGGCAGAUCCGAGGUCGAGACUGUCUAUUGAUACGUAUCACGGUCCUGAAAGCGCCUAUUCGUAUCGACCUCCGUCUCCGAGCGAUUUCAGUACGCCAACCUCGGCAACCUUCUCAACUGGUCAGAAUAGCCCUAGGUGGGGAUCUGUAAUGGCAUCUCCAAGUUCAUCUCACCAGCGUCCUCAGAGCAUGUACAGCGGCCACAGAACCCCAGGCCGACGACUCAGUGUACCUUCUGGUGGAAUACCGUUCCAGUCUCCUCAAGGCGCGACCUUAGGUCGUCCAAUUUUUGGUCCAGGUUCGGUUAACACCUCAAACCCUGGCGCAUUUUCUCCGACUAGUAGCCUACUAGGAUCGCCUACGUCCUCCGUGUUUUCUUCUAGAAGAGAAUCUACGUCACAGACAGAGGAUUGGCGUCGUCGUACAUGGCAUCCCGAUUCUACUAACUUCAACACUAUUAGCAGCAGUCGCUUAAGCAACGUCGUAACUCCGUCCCAGUUCCAAAGUCCUCCUGCAGCUCCAUUGCCUUUAGCUGUCCCAUCACAGCAAAGCACAGCGCUUCGACUACCCGGCAUAGAAUCAUUUGGCCCCCUCCCGCAUCGCCCUGCGUCACCUCCCAGACGAAAUCCUUCCCCAAUGAUUGUUGAUUCUGAAGUUUCUCAUCCACCGGCCUUGCUCCCUGCCGCCCACUCCGGUGAUUCCGACGAGAGACGGAAUACAGCUAAUUGGGACAUGGGAUUACACCGAGGAUUAACUCGACUGGAUAUCACGUCCAAUAACCCACCACCACCAGACGCAGCGCGUACUUGGGCCCGAGAAGCGAGUCAUGCCGUCGAGGUAGAGGCAGAGCGAGUUAGGAUAAACCCCCCAACCGUACGGUUCAACGAGCCGAUAAUUAUGGAAAGCAGACCACCGGUUGCAGCUAGCCUUCCCAGGGCGUAUCAUCAACAUACUAUGUCCGCGCCAUUGGUCAACGCUGGAAGGGAAACAAAACGGCGAGGGUGGUAUAACGGACCAGUGACGGUCCACGCUGAAGCACCCCCUGAGAAGAUAGCUAGGGUAGAUCGCAUGAUCCACCCAAAUAUCAACGAGUUCUCGGGUUUCCCUUCCAGAGAAAAUGUCACAAACGCCCCGCCAAGAGAAGAAAAUUCUGGCGAGCGAGACAAUAUGCUUCGGCUACAGGCACUAGUUGCAGUCGCAACGAGCGAGGGGAAUGCAACAACGGCAUACUAGUUGUCAUAGGAACGAGCCCCAUAAGAUCACACCAUUACAUCAUGUCGAUAAAACUCUUAUCCACGAAACAUACCUACUACCUAGUACACAUGGACCCUAACGGCUGCUGGGCACAGCGGAUUUACGAGACUCACGAUUUUCCUUGGACAUCUUUCUAGAAUCAAGCAUUUGCAUGAUAUACGAUCGCUACUCGGCUUACGAAUAUACCAUCUCAUUUUUAUCUACGCGGAUUGCAAUUGCAUUUACUAUUGGAUUGGGUUAUAUAAUGGUGGCACUAGUUGGCGUUAUGGGAGGAGGAUUCGUUCACAACUGAGGGAGGGAAGGCCUACCGUUUCCACUCGUUACGCGGCCGCAACCAUCUCCGCCAUUGCGUAUGAUGCGUUUCCUUCAAGAAUCCUCUCGUUGUUCUUGUUUCGGAGAGGUUGGCCAUCGUGGAUUUACACAAGAUAUAUGGGCUGCAGCGCUGAUUUUUUUUUUUUUUUUCAUUUCUUUUCUAAUAUUUUCUAGCUGAUGACUGAUGAUAU